UUCUGGGAGGUCAUCAGUGAUGAGCACGGCAUCGAUCCCACAGGCAGCUACCAUGGGGACAGUGACCUGCAGCUGGAGAGGAUCAACGUCUACUACAAUGAAGCUGCUGGUAACAAGUAUGUCCCCCGUGCCAUCCUGGUGGACCUGGAGCCCGGCACCAUGGACUCCGUGCGCUCCGGCCCCUUUGGACAGAUCUUCCGGCCGGACAACUUUGUCUUUGGUCAGAGUGGGGCCGGGAACAACUGGGCCAAGGGGCACUACACGGAAGGCGCUGAGCUGGUGGACUCUGUCCUGGAUGUGGUGAGGAAGGAGUCGGAGAGCUGUGACUGCCUGCAGGGCUUCCAGUUGACCCACUCGCUGGGCGGUGGCACGGGCUCUGGGAUGGGCACCCUCCUCAUCAGCAAGAUCCGGGAGGAGUACCCCGACCGCAUCAUGAACACCUUC